GGCGGGUCCUCGAGGCUGCCGGGAAGUGUAGUGCUGGCAGGAACUCGCUCUCCCAGCAGCCGGGCGGGCGAAGGUCAGCGCGCCGGGAGGGUUAGGGACGCCGUUUGGGGAUCGACCUCGCGGCUGCUCCGGCGCGGCCUCCGAUGCUCUCCUCCCGCCUGCUGGCGCUUCGCCCUGGCCUCCGCCGCCGCCCGCCCCUCUCGGCCGGCCGCGCGGCGCUGAGCGGCCCGGCCAUGGAGAAGCCCGUGGAGUCGGGCAUCCGGGCCAAGCUGCAGGCGGCCCUCGAGCCGGUCCACCUGGAGGUCAUCAACGACAGCCACCUGCACGCCGUGCCGCGCGGCUCGGAGACCCACUUCCGGGUGGUGGUGGCCAGCCGCCGCUUCGAGGGCCUCUCGCUCAUCCAUCGGCACCGCCUGGUGAACGACCUCCUGCAGGAGGAGCUGGCCGGCCCUGUCCACUCCCUCUCCAUCCAGGCCAAGACCCCGCAGCAGUGGGAGAAGAGCCCCAAAGGGGUCCCGGGCCCCACUUGCCUGGGGGGGUCCAAGCACGACCCCCACAUGGCAGGCAAGGUGGGGAAGACGGGGCCCCCGUAAGCUGUGCCGGAGGGCCCCGCCUGAGCCCCGCCAGGGCCCUCUCGGCGGGUGGCUGCAGCUCCGCGUGCCUCGCCUUACACCCAAAGUCAGUGCCACGUCCGGUUCUCCUUGCCAGAGCAGCCUCAGCUCCGCUGGCCUGCUGCCACCGCUGGCUCCCCCCCCCCCCCCGGGAGGAAAGAGGCUUGCUUGGUGUCUGCUGAAGUGUAUUAAAGGCUUUGGGCCUGGCUCCUGAUUAA